UACUACUACAUCUGGUGGCUCCACAUGCGCCGCGGCGCAGCGUACCGGGCACACCGGCUCCAGUCCAGGCAUGUCGGCCGGCGGCGAUGACGGGACGGCGGACAGGCAGGCAGAUCCCUCUGCGGAGGAAGAGGGCCAGAGCCAGGCUGCCUCCUCGAUGCCAGCUGUGGACCUGCCAAGAAAAAGAAAGGGAGAUGUGGAGGAGAGGUCAGACACCCAUGCACAGGAGAGUCUCGACUUCGAAAUGGACGAGGACCUCAGCAGAUCUGAAGGAGAGGAUCAGCAGGUCAAAAUGAAAUGCUUCAGGGAGCCUCACCGCCAGAUUGAGAAACGGCGGAGGGAUAAAAUGAACAACCUCAUCGAUGAGCUGGCCGCCAUGAUCCCCGCCUGUAAGCCCAUGGCUCGAAAGCUGGACAAACUCACCGUGUUGCGGAAGGCCGUGCAGCACCUGAAAAGCCUCAAAGCUGGCACGAGCAGCGCCUUCACUGAUGCCACCUACAAGCCUUCCAUCCUGCCUGAGGAUGACCUCAAGCACCUCGUACUCAGGGCCGUGGAUGGCUUCCUGUUGGUUGUGACUUGUGACCGGGCGAAAAUCCUGUUCAUCUCCGAGUCCGUCUCCAAGAUCCUCAACUUCAGCCGGCUGGAGCUGACGGGGCAAAGCCUGUUCGACUUCAUCCACCCCAAAGACGUCAGCAAGCUCAAAGAGCAGCUGUCCACCUCGGAGCUGUACCCGCGCGAACAGCUCAUCGACGCUGCAACUGGGGUUCAGGUCCAGACGGACGUCCCAGUUGGAGCGUCCUACUUGUCCACUGGAGCUCGGCGAUCCUUCUUCUGCCGCAUGAAGCAUAGCCGAGUGGUGGGGAAGCCUGAGGACAAACGCCCGCUGCCCAGUACCUCCAAAAAGAAAGACACCUACAGAUACUGCACUCUUCACUGCACUGGAUACAUGCGGAGCUGGUCGACCAGCCAGCUGGACGCCGAGAGCGAAUCAGAGAAGGAGAGCUCCCACCUGACCUGCCUGAUGAUGGUGUGCCGCGUCCACCCCCACGUGUCCCACCAGCCCCCCAAAGACGUCAGCGUCAAGCCCACCGAGUUCGUCACCCGCUGUACGAUCGACGGCAAGUUCACUUUUGUUGACCAACAGGCCACGACGGUCAUCGGAUAUUUGCCACAGGAAGUCCUCGGCACGUCGUGUUACGAGUACUUCCACCAGGACGACCUGCAGCACCUGGCAGAAAAACACAGGCAAGUUCUUCGAAGUAAAGAGAAGAUCGAGACAAACUGCUACAAGUUCAAGACGAAAUACGGCUCCUACGUUUCACUCCAAAGCCAGUGGUUUAGCUUCACAAACCCAUGGACCAAAGAAGUUGAGUUUAUCGUGUCUUUAAACAGAGUUGUCUCGGGGCCUAGUCGCACAAAAGCUGAUGAAGAACCUGGCAGCUCGAAAGCACUUCAGGAGGACUCCAAGCGGACACUUCCCAUAAUUCCCGGCCUCUACAGCAGCGUGGGCACAAUGAUCUAUGCAGGAAGCAUAGGAACCCAAAUAGCAAAUGAGCUCAUCGACUCCUACAGACAGAAUUCCUCUCCAUCGAGCGGAGCUGCCAGCCCGUUCAGCUCCAUCCAGGACAAAUCUCCACUGAUUUCCUCCCAGACCACCAGGACUGUCUCCAGUAGGGACGAGGCCGCAGCCAGUUCACAAUCCCAGUUUGGUUCACGGACAGCAGCGGCUGCUAGCAAUGCAACAUCUGAAAACACAGGCGAGGCGUCCCAGCUGGACUUAGACAAUAUGGUGGUGCCCGGCCUGAGCAGCUUCAGCAGCGACGAGGCGGCCAUGGCGGUUAUCAUGAGCUUGCUGGAGACGGAUGUCAACAUGGGUCAACCGGUGGACUUUGAGGACAUACACUGGCCUUUUUAGAGGAUGCACAAACUCCGUCCUUCUUAAGUAUUCUUAUGCCGUUUUCUUGCCGAGGACUUGGGCAUUCGGUUGUUAACUCUGUGAUCGACUGAUCUUGCCAGGGACAAUGGAACCCACUGGACUAUACCAAAGGCCAAAGAUUGUGUUGUAUCAUGCAAGUCUAACACAAAGAUGUAGAACUUAAUAGAAGAUAUCUCAUCGAUUCCCCUGAAGGAGCACUUUGUCUUUUCACUCGCUGCCAUCUGAUGCGAGUACCCGAGCGUCCCUGAAGCAGGUGGGGAUCCGGUGUCUUCCUCAAGGACACUUCGGCAAUGUCAUGGCGGCUUGAAGCCAGGCUCCCCAUCGAGAAGAACGGUCUCACUAAUCGCUCUGCCGCCCUGUUGCUCCCAGGGAGUGACCAAGGUCUGUCGAUGGACAGGAGUCAGACUGCCACCGCGUGCCGUGCUGCUAGAUAAACUCCUCUUGGCACUUGCUAAAGCUUAGGUACCCGGUGAUGACUUCCAUGUCUCUCUUAACAUGGCUUGAUUGUUCCAUUUUUUAAAUUCUAUUUUUUAAUUAUCGUCCCUGAAGCUUGAAAAGUGUGGAGUCCUGUCUGUUUUCAUAUCGAAUGUGCACUAAAGGACUGAGCCCUAGUAUGCCUAUACUGUAUCUUCACAUAUCACAUACUUACUGUAAUCCAGACAGUUCUGUGACGCUGCACCGAACGCCUGGGAAACUAUUGAAGUGUUUGUGCUCAAUCCUUCCAUGAACUAGCGGAGAUUGUUUACCGGUGGUUACGAAGGACACGCCGCCAUGUUGGAGGAGUGACAGCUAGGGAUGGGAACGAGUGCUCGUUAUGUAGCCACCAACUCAACUAGUAAAAUACUGCCCGAAUUUUGCCAUGAAAAAUAAAACAAAACAAAAAAACACACACAUUUUCCCCGCUUGCAACAAAAUCCCUUACUUGAAUGUGCCAGUCCCAGCUAAAUCCACAGGGUGGCGCUGUAGCCUUCCUAGGGUAAGCUGAGCCUACCCGUUGAUGGGAUGCAAUAUGGUGGCAAUUGCCUGCUUCCACUGUUAA